GACGACCCGAUCCGACCGGCUCGCGGCGUCCUCCUCGCGGCCGAACCCUAGCCCCAUCCUCACCGCCGGCCGGCUCUCCUCCCGCCCACGCCGGGGCCGUCUCGUCAUCGCCGCCGCACGAGUCCUUGCCCAGCGCCACCGCCCGUACCACCCUCCCCGCCGCCCGCCUCAGCCUGCGUGGUCACCGGCGGCGCCAUGGAUGCUUCCAAGAAUAAAAAGCUCAAGGAUGUGGAGAUCAGUUUCCCGAUUGUCUAUGGAACCAUUUCUUUCUGGCUUGGUAAAAAGGCAAGCGAGUACAACUCUCACAAGUGGACUGUUUAUGUCCGUUCGGCAAACAACGAGGACCUGAGUGUCAUAGUUAAGCGCGUGGUGUUUCAACUUCACCCAAGUUUUCAAAACCCAACAAGAGUGGUAGAGCAGCCACCUUUCGAGUUGUCUGAAUCUGGAUGGGGAGAGUUUGAAAUAGCCAUAACCCUUUAUUUCCACAGCGAUGUCUGUGAGAAGCGCUUGGAUCUGUUUCAUCAGCUUAAGCUGUAUCCAGAAGAAGAAGCUGGGCCUCAAUCAACCAAAAAGCCAGUUGUUGUGGAAACAUAUGAUGAAAUUGUCUUCCCUGAGCCUACAGAGGCCUUUUUUCAGCGUGUGCAAAAUCAUCCAGCAGCUAACGUGCCCAGGCUCCCUCCUGGCAUAACCUUGCCUCCACCAGGCUCUAUGGAAAUUGUUCCAUAUGAAAAGAAGCGUGGUGACACUAAGGAUCAUCCUUUGAGCCAGUGGUUCUCGAAUUUCUCUGAGGCAGAUGAGCUUUUAAAACUAGCUGCGGCUCGGCAACAGGUGCAGGCUCACAUUGCCAAACUGAGAAGGCAGUUAACCAUGAUAGAGGGAAUGCCCCAGCAAUCAAAAGUUUUUUCUGGUCCUGGACAACAGUUCGGGCACAUAUAAUGUAGCAUAUGCUACAAAGUGUACGUACCUGGUUGCAAGGAAGAUCUUGGAACAUGGAACCUCUCAACAACUGCUUAACAUAUAGGGGGUGUGCGUAUCUCUGUAUCUCAUUGACGUGUCUGCCUUAGGCUUUGCAAGUUGCAACUGAUGGACUACUAAUCAGCAGUUUGGUGUGUAUAUUCUAGAAUUCUGGUGACUUAUGCUUCCUAAGAGAACAUUGUUCGUGUCUCCUGAUCCUUUUUC